CACAGCAUAUAGUCAAUAAGGCCUGUGAGCCUGGUAAUCCACUGAAGAAGAUAAGAACACCUAGGAAGGAAUCGAUAUCAGAUAUUCAUAUCUCGUAUCGCCAUGUAAAAAUCAAAUGGAUAUCGUUAAAAAUCACAUUUCGAAAAACGGAAGCGUGGUUCCGCAUUUACUGGUGACGUAGGCUGAGUAUAGGUUUACUUUAAAUACCAUAUCAAAUGUACGUUAUGUUCAGAAAAUUGAAUUGGAUGCAUUUUACAUGACCCUCAUUUGUUUACAGAAACUUUACUUAGUUUACAUAGAUUUGUAACAGUUUGUCGAUCAUUCAUUUCCGCCAUUACAAAUAUAAAGGAAAAUCAAUGUAGCACUAGCAGACAAAAGACAGGGAUGCCAGGUUGUUUUUGUUUUAAAUACGUUUCAAUAUAAAUAUACAAAAAUCACAAGUAAGACAAACAAGAAAUUCUAUAACUAUGUCAUACUAAAGCUAACACCAAAACUUGUGAAAAAUCUUUCAUGAUAUUUAAGCGCUUCGGGAAAGGGAGGGGGUGUUUAAAUAGUUUGGUUACUAGAUUUACCCAAACUAUUUAGUUUCGUAUUUUCAAUAAUUGUCAAAAACGAAUGCCUAUUUCUACCUAUUUCUCUUGAUUUAAUCGAUACAUUAUUUCAAUACAUUCAUAGAUGUUAUUUAUCAUCAAUUUAAGUGCUUUGUAAGUUAUAAUUUACGAAAACGACAAAGGAAACAACCUUUGACCUUUGUUGCUAAGGCCUCGUCAACAGAAAGUAGUGGGUUAUAAGUUAUGGUGACAAAGGAAAUUGACAGCUUUUAACGCUGCUAUAUUCGUCGAUAUUUGGUAGUUCAUUUAAUAUUCAAAAUGACAUCACAAGUAAAACUACCCGAUAUACAAAUGCAAGGCAUUUAUGCAGGAAAAUUUAAAGACUGGAAUCCAUCCUUAGCUCCCGCUGGUAAAUUGACAUCAUGUGGUGAUACAGCUUUGCAGUGCAUGAAGCCAAAGGAUGACCGACCACCAUCUCCAGAUGUGAUCAGGAAGUUCCGGGCCACGGUUAGGCCUGAUGCUGGACAGAUGAGAGUGUUCUAUGGUAGGGCUGGGGAUCCCCACCAGCAGUGGGCUGAGAACAUGACACAUGGUAUCAACACACAACCCUCAGAUUCCUCAGGAGCCAUUGUAAACCCUGCUUACAAAACCCUGUUUCAGCAGAGAUUAUUCGAUAGAAAAGAGCGAAUUUAUUCCACUCACCAACGAGCUCCUCUUGGGAAGUCACAUGACCAAUCCACUGGUCUCCCUAGAGGUCUCAACAGGGACACCUUUACCUUUGGUGUUCCCACUGAACUUGAUAGUGGAGCUGGCGGUUUGAUUAAUCCAAACAAGACCUAUGCUGAAGUUGAGAAUGAAUCUGUUGUGGGGCAUGAGCUGUACAAAAGGUCACACACAGACUUUGAUGUGGGAGAAAGACACAGCCGGGGCUAUGUCUCACCAGGCUACGAAUCAAACUCUCGGUUUGGUAUUCCCACUCCUCAUCACAAUGAUGGACUGAUGGUGAAAACUACAAUGAAAUGGCAACAUGAAACACAACAGGAGAAAGCCAGUAAAAUUGUUUCCAAGAGAGUAGAUGAAUUCAGGGAGAAAACUCAGCCUCAGCUUGGACAGGUGCAUGAUCCUAUUAAGGACACGCUAAAAGUGGCCCCAGACCAUACAUUUGGGAUCCUGGUCAAACCCGAUGAAUAUGGAGCAGGAGACCUGUUACACCAGCGGACCCCAGGGGAGUACCUCCGAGGCAAAGAUAGACAGAGGGGCAUCUUGGCUGCCAUUAGACAACACCUUAAGAAAGCUAACUAUCACAACUUUGAUGAUUUAGUCCAGGCUUUCAAGUUUUAUGAUAAGGAAAACAAGGGUUGUAUAGAUAUCCAUGAUUUGCGAGAAGCUUGUCUUCAGUAUCACCUCCCCGUGGAGCCCGAGCUGUUAGAACAACUCCUGUACUUCUGCGAUUCUAAUAAAGAUGGCAACAUUGACUACAUUGAAUUUGCCAAUUUUCUCAACUGGAAAGAUAAAAUGAAAUCCGGUUUCCCUGAAAAGACAGAGUUGGAGAAACUUGCAGAGUCUAGAAAGUCUAGUGCUCGAUCCUCAUCACGAGCAGAAACUACACUAGAUCUGGCCAACCCCUCAGACCUACAGCCCAAAUCUCCUCAGAGCGCUGAGAGCACCCCCCGAGUUCUCCAGAAGCAGAUUGACAAGGCCAUUGGGGAUCAUCGGACUCAGAGUAGCAUGAUCAACGCUGUAGUGGGUGGGGUAUCCACACAAGGUUACAGAGCCUAUGGUGUCCCAACCAUUAGGACAGAUUUACGUGCACCAAGAAUCAAGCGAGUAUGCGACACUAAAAACUAUGGAGACGAGUCUGAUGCAUAUGGUCUCGUGAACCCCUCUAUUUUCAGCAGGAGGGGUGUUCAAGAAAAAGAUUUCUUAUUACCAAGAAGUAAAGAAGAGAUUCAGGAUAUUUUCACCAGUGUGGGUGUGCUGAUGACGGGAGAGAAUUUUGAGCAGCUAUACAGGACUGCUGCCUCCCAACACCCCAAGGGGCACGUUAGUGUGGAAUCAUUCCGCAGUGUGUUGGACGAUAUUCAGGCACAAAAAAUAGCCUCCAAGGAGCAUCCUCUUGCUGUGUGACAGCCACAAUUCACGAGGUCAAAAAAGAGGGGGGAGGGUGUCAAUAUGUCAAUAAUCUAAAUGACAAGUCAGUCAGGGGCAGUUCUCUGAGUGAUGUAACUUGAAUAUUAUAAUAAAAAGAAUGUAUCUGAAGAAAACAUUGAAGUUUUAUUGAAAAAUCAAAGGCAGUUGGUAGCACUGAGGCAAGUAUCAAGUCUACCCUUUUUCUGGAAUAGAUCAGUGUGUUUAUUACAUGUAUAUAUACAUUUUAAAUCAUUAAUCAUGUUGCUGGACGAAGUUUUGAGUGUGAUCGAGCCUUUGAAAUGUUUUUAAUUAAGUGUACCAGGUAGCAUAACUGUGAACUGCACAGAAGAGUCGCUUCCUGUUUAAGUAACAAAUUAAUCUGUACUAGACAAGAUCUUACUUUCCUGUGAUAAAAUCUCGUAAGUGGCACUUUUUAUACAAUUCUUACAAAUGUCGUUACAUUAUGUGUUUAUACAAUAAAUUGUAAAACCUUUGAAA